GCGUGGCUUACCGCGCACUGCCACGCCUCCCAGCACAACACUACGGAGUGAUCGGAACGCUUCCCGAGCUCAGAGUCCUGUCACUGAACAGACAUGUCCGCAGUUCAGCCAGCAAUAAUUCAAUCAAAGAUUUUCUCCUCUGCGACUAACACUUGUUUUUGUUAAGUCCGAUAAGAGGUGCUAUACUUUUACGCCGAGCCGUCUUGAAUCCGUGUUCAGGAAUCAUUCAAUCGUUUGCGCUGGAUCUGUCGUGCAAGAAGAUGUGCGUGGAGAGCGAUGGAUGUGAAAUCGAGGGGUGCAGUAGUUCGGAUGAGGUGCAAACGCUGUCUGGAAGCAUGACUCCGACUCUUAAAUCCAGUCCUGAUCUGCAUCCUUGCAGACCAGGACAGAAAUUUCGUGCCGCAUUUCUUCGAUGCCGGUCUCCGUUUAUUGCCGCCGGGAUUCUGAGUUUUGGAAAUGUGCUCAAUUACAUGGACAGAUACACCGUAGCAGGUGUACUGCUUGACAUACAGAAACACUUCGGAGUUAAUGACAGCGGAGCUGGCCUGUUGCAAACAGUCUUCAUCUGCAGUUUCAUGGUGGCGGCACCCAUUUUCGGUUACCUGGGGGACCGUUUUAACCGAAAGGUCAUUUUGAGCUGUGGCAUCUUCUUCUGGUCCUUCGUAACCCUGCUCAGCUCAUUCAUCACCAAAGAUUAUUACUGGUUGCUGGUGCUGUCCAGAUGUCUGGUGGGUAUCGGAGAAUCAAGCUACUCGUCGAUUUCUCCCACAAUCAUUGGAGACCUGUUCACCAACAACAAAAGAACUGUGAUGCUGUCUGUCUUCUACUUGGCCAUCCCACUGGGAAGUGGUCUGGGAUACAUCCUAGGAUCCAUAGCUAAAGAUGCUGGAGGGGGUUGGUACUGGGCACUAAGGGUUUCUCCAAUGUUGGGGUUGACUGCUGGAACCCUCAUUCUUGUAUUCGUUCCUGAACCAAAGAGAGGGACUGCUGACCAGCUUGCAGGAGGGAUAAGGACAAGGACUUCCUGGCUCUGCGACAUGAAAGCUCUUGCCAAAAACCGUAGUUAUGUGUUCUCAUCGUUGGCGUCGGCUGCGGUGUCAUUUGCCACGGGUGCGUUUGGAAUCUGGAUCCCGCAGUACCUUUUCAGAGCCCAGGUGGUGCAGAAGACCGCGCACAGCUGCACCACUCAGCCAUGUAGCAGCAAAGACAGUCUGAUAUUCGGGGGCAUCACCUGUGUAACUGGUUUGUUGGGGGUGGUUAUCGGCGCUGUGACCACACGACUCUUUCGACAGAAGACGGACCGUGCCGACCCACUGGUGUGUGCGGUCAGCAUGCUGGGGUCCGCUAUCUUCAUCUGCCUCAUCUUUGUUGUGGCUAAGAAGAGCAUUGUGGGCGCAUACAUCUGCAUUUUCAUUGGAGAGACGCUGCUGUUUUUGAACUGGGCCAUCACUGCGGACAUUUUAAUGUAUGUUGUCAUACCAACUAGAAGAGCCACUGCUGUUGCCUUUCAAGGCUUUACCUCACAUUUACUAGGGGACGCUGGGAGCCCAUACCUCAUUGGCCUGAUAUCAGACUCGCUGCAGAAGAGCUAUACCAUGUCAGAGUUAUGGCAGUUCCUGAGCUUGGGCUAUGCCCUCAUGCUUUGCCCCUUUGUCAUCGUUCUGGGAGGGAUGUUCUUCCUCGCCACUGCCCUGUUCUAUCUCGAUGAUCGUGACAAAGCGGAGCAACAGCUGGGUUUUUUUGUGAGAAUUGCGAACAUCUGUAAAGUUCUCCUGCUCCAUCUUGGACACGCGAGACAAUUAAGUAUACUGAAGGUGUAUACAAAAAGGCGAGCCAACCAUAACUGUGCUUUGAAUUCAUCAGAACUGGUAGGAGGAUAUUUUUCCUUUUUGUUUCGGACAACUACUAGGACGUGAAUUCGCUGAAACUUCAUUUUCCGUAUUUUCUUGGAUUUUCUUCAAAGGACACUUACUUUGAACUGAACUAUUUAAACUAUUUAAAGGAACGGUCCUUUGAACCGAGUCAAUUGAUUCAUGAAUUCAACCCAACUUAGUCAUUUAAGUGAAUCAUUAAUUUGGAUUACAAACAAAAUGAAACAGUGUUACACUUUUACAAGUAUUUUAUUUAUUUAUUUAUAUAUUUGCUCUGUAGUAUAUUAGAACUGAUUUUCAGCUUGAGUUGAACGGUUCAAUCUGCUAAACCCAGGUACCUGGUAAAUUUCAAAGAGAGGAGUAUUGGGAUUUAUUGCAUAUUGUUUCUUGUAUUUGAGAUUUAUAUUCCUAAAGCAAGAUACAGAAAAGAGAAACACUUUCUUAAAUUAAUAUUUUCAAUAUAAAUCUACAAAUAAUCAGAAACCAAGACUCUGUGUUGAUCUUUUACUUACCUGUCAUACUGCUCUCCUCUCUCCAGUAGCCGUGCCUUUCUCUUCUGAUACACAGGCCCACAUUGAACAUUAUACGUGUGUAUACAUACACUCUCUCUCUUGUCAUCUCUUUGAAUCUCCUAUGGUUAACGCAAGCUCGUGGUCAUUUUCGGCAGGUCGUGUGGUUGCGAAUUGCUCACAGUAAUAAAAAUGUGUGCUCAGAAAAAAAAGAAUUUGCUCAGUGCUGAAAAAAAUUAGAGGGAACAUUGAUGACAAGGUGCUUUAGUUCACCCCGAAGAUUUGAUGCUUUACAUUCCUAAAUGGGUUUUCAUUUGUCAUUUCCUCCACUUACAAUGACGGGCCAAAGAAUGGCUGUUGCCAUGGUGAUUUCGGCUAUCUUGACCAUCCAUGUGUGCCUGGUGAAUAGCCUCAGGUGGAUCUGGCUAAUCCGUGAGGUUGAACGAGUUUGGCUGGCGAUAGGUGGACAGAGAUCUAUAUCUAUUCUCAGUCUAUUCUAACAAUGACCGUCUGCCUAACUGAUCCGACGAGGGGAAAGUGAAUGCUUCACGUAGGAGAGGAUAGAUUUUAAAAUACUGUAUAUCAUUUAAGUACAGCAUUAAGCAUAUAGUCAUCAAGCAUAUUUUUCAUCAGACUUAACCCUGUCCAGAGUCACUUAAAAGAAACUAAACAUUAAAUAAGCAACAAUGUUAUCAUUUGCUAUUCUCAUUUCACCCAUACAUGCCAAAGCUAGAUAUAAAAGUAUAUUUAUGCUUAGUAAUUUUAAAAGAAUUAUUAUAGUCAUAUUUCCUUAAAAGGUAAAGACGAACAUGAACUCCGCGCCUCACUUUCUUUUAUCAAGUGGAUUUCCUGUGUGUGUUGCCACUCAAAAAUGACUUCCUUCCUGUCUGCUUGGGGACAUUUUUAGGCAGGGUGGUAUCUUGGAUUACUGCGGCCUCUCUAAAGAUCUUCCCACGAUAGGUCUUGGAGACACAACCCAUGAGGUUGAUGUUUCCUCUUGUCUAGCCACUCAUUACAAACAUUGCUUUGUAAGUUGGAAGUAACCUUAUAUAGCACUUAUCCUAUUAUUGCCAUUAAAUGAUACAGAAAUAAAUAACCCCUUGGCUAUACAUGUAUAUAUAAAUACAUGUGUAUAUGAGUAAUAGGGUUUAAAAAAGCUGACUAUCAUUAUAUAGUAGGAUGCACACUUUGAAAAGUUGUUUCACCAUACCAGUGUGAAGCAGGGCUUUCUUGGCCACCGAAUUUCAUCCUGUAUGAACCACACAACCCUGCACGGGCGCUUUAAUGCUUCACAUUUUUUAAUAAACAGCAACCAGGGAGCAAAUUUGGAAAAUGAGCUCUUGGAAAAGCUCCAGUAUUUAGCACCGCAGUAAUUUAUGAACACAGGCGAGUGGGAAUAAUAAAGAUAUUUUGCAAUAAUGUUUAAUUUAAUGAUAUUUUCUAUAAUAUGCAAUAAUACACUCACAGUGCUCUCCAAAGCACUCGUAUAUCAAUGUGGAUUCAGUAAAUCGUCUUAAAAAUAACAUCCUGUGCAUUAGUACGUUAAACAACCAAUACUUUUUUAUAUAACAUCCACAAUAACCGUUUUUCAUAAGCAGUGCAUCAUUGCACGCUUUAGUGGAGUCCAAAAAUAGACCUUUUAUUAGAACUGUGCUUUUCAUGCCCAGUAGUAUUUGUAUUCACAAUAUCUUUUACAGUGUUCCCCCUUGUCCUUAUGCGUCCUCUUCUAUUUAUAAACUGUAACAUGCAAAAUGAAAGCCGCUCACUGAAGCGAAGGAAUAUAUAUCGAGCUUGAAAAGUGCUUUAUUAUUUCUAACUCGUAAGCUGCUUUGGGCCGAAAGGAAGCUAUUUAUAGCACGGGGAAAACACUGCGCACCCGAGCAGUCACGCAAAAAUGAACGCAUUCGUCUCUCAUUCUUUGCUACGCUGGCAUCGGAUGGUAUGGCGUCCAUAGGGACAUUUUGUAGAUGUAAACACCCCUAAACUGCUUUUGGGCAAGACUAGCACGUUUCCGUGAAGCUGGAAGUGAAAAGCCAACAGUUUGCAUGUCCUAUCACAGCCCAGAAUAUAAAGAGGAGCAAAAGUGCAGAGAAGAUGAAAAAAAACGAAAUUCUCAAAACCAAAAAUAAAGGUCAUGUCAAUGGUAUUUUUCCCCAAAUUGAGGAACCGUAUGUACAAUUUAUUUAGAAUCAGGUUUUUUCCUGCAUCAAGAACCAGGUUCUUUUAUUACCCCAGUCGUUUGUGGUCACACUGACUCGCAUAACCGCUAGCUGCCUCUGCGUUACCUCAGCUUCCAGAUUUCACAUUUCAUUAUUGCUGCUACAAAUUUGUACUUGAAUGGACCUUGCCUAUGUGAUUGCAAAAGCGAUCUGAGCUUUUCUUUCUCAUUAUUCUGUUUUUCUCUGUU